GAAUCUGACGUGCUUGCCAUGAGAUAGUGAGUCACGUAGUCGGAGCUCGUUUUUUCCGAGUUCCCAGUUGUCUUUAAGGCGGCAACUGACACUAGACAUGUUCAGGACAUGUCCGAUACACAAAAACACAGACACACACAGCAGCAGGAAGCCAGCAGGAUGAAUCUGACUUGCUUGUCAUGAGACAGUGAGUCACAUAGAACCAGUUUCACUUUCAUACACAGCUCGAGACUAGACAGAACUUCAUCGGAAUACUAACUUCUUGAAACUCACAGAACCAUGAGUCCCAGAAAGACAAACAAAAAUGGCUCUCACACUGACAGCUCAGCCUUAAAGAGCCCACCAAAACAAAGGCAUAUCAACAAAGGUUCCACCCUAAAUCCCUCUAAUGGCUCAGGGGACUCAGGAACCAGCAGAGCGACGGCCAGCCAGGCCAGGGAAGCAGGAGCAAACACAGACAUACGUUAUGCCAUGAAGAACAUCCCUACUGUCAGAUAUCAUCCUGACAUCGCACAGAAGAGACCUGAGGCCCAUCAGCAUAGUCAUAGCCCUGACAAGAGCAGUCAGGUCAGGGGUAAGCCUGUGGUCUCUCCCCCCAGGACCAAUCAGGAUCAAAUAAAAUCUAGUAAAAUCAGCAGAGCCACAGCUAGCCAGGCCAGGGGAGCAGGAGAAAAGACCACACACACACGUUACGCCAAAAGGAACAUCCCUACUGUCAGAUAUCAUCCUGACAUCGCAGAGAAGAGAGCUGAGGCCCAUCAGCAUAGUCAUAGCCCUGACACGAGCAGCCAGGUCAGGGGUAAGCCUGUGGUCUCUCCCCCCAGGACCAACCAAAUUGGGGGGAGCUCCAUGGUCUCUCCCCUCAGGCCCAAAGCACUGCCCCUGGGGUUAUGUCAGAAAGAAGAGGUGGAGGCGGUGGAGCUCCAGACCCGGGGCCAGAGAGAGAACCCCAGCUGGUUCUCCUGGCGUCAGAACCGAAUCACAGCGUCGGUCGCUCACCGAAUCGCCCAUAGCCGCUUCGUUACUGGCCAGAGCACGACCCCACCAGCUUCCUACCUGGCCGCCAUCACAGGCCGCGGCACCAACGUCAAGACCCGCGCCAUGACCUGGGGCAUUGAGCGGGAAGCCGAGGCUGUGCGGAGAUAUCAGAGCCUGAAGAGCAAGGCCCUGGGCCGGGCGGUGAGGGUGCAGGAGUGUGGCUUGUUCAUCGACGCCCAGCGCCCCUGGCUAGCAGGCAGUCCUGAUGGCAUCGUAGAGGACCAAAGGACCGGCCAAUGGCUGCUCUGCCUAGAGGUCAAGUGUCCCUACAAGCACCGUCAGAACACUGUAGCCCAGGCCUGUAGAGAGGACCCAGCCUUCUGCCUGACAAUACAGGACCAGGUACAGGACCAGGGGGAGGAGAGGAGACAGGUGAGGUACCAUCUGAAGCCAGACCACAGCUAUUUCACCCAGAUCCAGUGCCAGCUGGCAGUGACAGGGUUAACCCAGGCUGACCUAGUGGUGUUCACCCUGAAGGAAACAGCCAUCGUCCCUGUGACCUUUGACCCUGUGUUCUGGGACGAAACCCUGGCCAAGCUGGAGAUGUUCUACACCGAUGCUGUCCUGCCCUACAUCAGAGACGUACUAGAUAUGAGGCCGGAGGAGUAGCUAGCAUGCCUGGACACUGUGGUAGUACCAUGUGGCUAGCUUGUUCAGGAUGAGACUAGCUUUUUCAGGAUGUCAGAUAUGGAAGUCCCGAGACAAACUGUAGUUGUGUCUGUGGUAAAGGACUGGUCUGGGUUGUGUCUGUGGUAAAGGACUGGUCUGGGUUGUGUCUGUGGUAAAGGACUGGUCUGGGUUGUGUCUGUGGUAAAGGACUGGUCUGGGUUGUGUCCGUGGUAAAGGACUGGUCUGGGUUGUGUCCGUGGUAAAGGACUGGUCUGGGUUGUGUCUGUGGUAAAGGACUGGUCUGGGUUGUGUCUGUGGUAAAGGACUGGUCUGGGUUGUGUCCGUGGUAAAGGACUGGUCUGGGUUGUGUCUGUGGUAAAGGACUGGUCUGGGUUGUGUCCGUGGUAAAAGACUGGUCUGGGUUGUGUCUGUGGUAAAGGACUAGUCUGGGUUGUGUCUGUGGUAAAAGGCUAUGGCGACUGCAGGUUUAGAGAUUUUAACCUAUUACUUUACUGUCAAAUAUUUGAAUGUAAAUAAACCAUGCCUGCCUUACGA